GUUUACUCCACACAGAGCUACCAUUCCUAGCACCUGUAACAAACUACAGCUCCCAUGAUUCUUUGGGGAAGUUGUGCUUUAAAUGUAUGCAGCCUAACACAAAAAUGUAGCUUAGGUCAGACGAGAUUUGUUUUGAUGUUUUUGAAGUAAUUAUGGCAGAGCUGGCUAGAGACAAAGAAGGACCUUUAAAAAGAGGGAAUCAAAAACAAAAAUACAAUUUAACCCUAAAGGCCAACAACAAAACACAAAUAAGAGAAAAAAGAACAAGGGAGAAGAGAAAGAGAAAGCACUCAAACCGAAAAAUUCUACAAGGGACAGCAUUUGUCUUCCUUAACCAUGUGCUGUAACUAUAAGUCUGCCUCACAGGAACUAAGUAUGGCUGUGGAAUUGGAGGCUGUGGAGCCUGCACUGUGAUGAUAUCUAUGUACAACUCAGACACCAAGAAGAUACGACAUUAUCCAGCCAACUCAUGUCUACUUCCAUUAUGUUCGUUGUAUGGUACUGCAGUUACUACCGUGGAAGGAGUUGGAACCACAAAAACUAAGCUUCAUCCCAUUCAGCAAAGGCUUGCAAAGUGCCACGGCUCCCAGUGUGGGUUCUGCACUCCCGGAAUGGUGAUGUCCAUGUAUUCCCUGUUAAGAAAUCACCCUGAACCUACCAUGGAGCAGAUAGCUGCAUCUCUGGAUGGUAAUUUGUGCCGUUGCACAGGAUACAGACCUAUAAUUGACAGUUUCAGUGCUUUCUCUCCGGAAUGCUGCCCUCUGGCCGGGAGUGGGAAAUGCUGCAUGGAUAAAGAGGAGAAGAAAGAGAAAGACAGUGAAAGAGAACAUCCGUCGUCAUGCUCGGGAGAGGGAAACCGGAUGUGUUCAGGACUAUGCAAGCCUGAAGAAUUCCAUCCCAUUGAUCCAACCCAGGAUUAUAUAUUUCCUCCUGAACUAAUGAGAGUGGCUGAAGAGAUCAAAGGAAGACCCCUGCUUUUCAAUGGAGAGAGAACUACAUGGAUUUCUCCUGCAUCUCUGCAAGAGCUUCUUAACCUGAAAGCUAACUACCCAAAUGCACCUCUUGUUGUAGGAAAUACAAGUGUAGGACUUGAUAUGAAGCUUCUUGGUGUUUAUCAUCCCCUUCUCCUUCAUCCUACUCGGAUUCCAGAUCUGCACGUUGCCAGAGUCGGAGACAAUGGGAUCGUGAUAGGUGCAGCAACCCAUUUUGCCCAGCUAAGGGACUUCUUAUUAGCCAUUAUCCCAGAAUUCCCAAUGGAAAAGACAAAGAUUUACCAUACUCUGUUGAAGCAACUGAGAACUCUUGCUGGAGAACAGAUUAGGAGUUUGGCGUCUUUAGGAGGACACAUUGUAAGCAGAGGAUCAACCUGGGAUUUGAACCCUGUCCUGGCAGCUGGGAAGGCUAUUCUCAAUUUGGCAUCAAUAGAUGGAACACGACAGAUUCCCCUGAAUGAUGAGUUCCUUGCAGGAUUGCCACAGGCAGACCUUUCACCAAGAGAGGUCAUAGUCUCUGUUUUUAUUCCAUUCUCAAAGAAAGAUGAAUUUGUGUCAGCAUUCCGUCAAGCUGAGCGCCGAAAAAAUGCAUUGUCAGUGACAAAUUCUGCUAUGAAAGUCCUUUUCCAACCAGGUACUGAUGUCAUAGAGGAUCUGGCUAUUUUAUAUGGUGGCAUUGGCCCUACAACAGUGAGUGCAAGAAAUACCUGUCAGCUGCUCAUUGGAAGAAACUGGAAUGAACAGAUGUUGAAUGAUGCUUGCAGGCUAAUUCUUGAAGAAAUCAUACUCUCCCCCUCAGCACCAGGUGGAAAAGUGGAAUACCGACGAACUCUGCUUGUCAGCUUCUUCUUCAGAUUUUACCUGGAAGUGCUACAAGGUUUAAAGAACAUGUACCCAUCCAUGUAUCCUGACUUGCCAAAGGAAUAUGCAAGUGUUUUAGGCGAGUUCCAUGACAAGCCACCUCAGGGCAUGCAAACAUACCAGGAUGUAGACCCUCAUCAGCCUCCUCAGGACCCAGUGGGGCGUCCCAUCAUGCUCCAGUCGGGUAUGAAACAUGCCACUGGUGAAGCGGUCUAUGUUGAUGACAUUGCUCCAGCAGAUGGCCAGCUCUACAUGGCUGUGGUAACCAGCACACGAGCCCAUGCAAGGAUUCUAUCCAUUGAUGUAUCAGAGGCUUUAGAAGAGCCAGGGGUAGUUGCUGUGGUAACAGCUGAUGAUAUUCCAGGGGAGAAUGGUGAUGGUAAAGAGAAAGUGUUUGCAGAAGAUGAGGUAAUAUACAUCGGUCACAUUAUCUGUGGUGUGGUUGCAGAAUCCUAUGAGUGUGCAAAGCGAGCCAGAGGAAAAGUGAAGAUAGAAUACCAAGAUCUGGAACUGAUUCUGACCAUUGAGGAGGCAAUUGAGCAUAAUUCAUUCUUUACAAAAGAAAAGAAAAUAGAAAAAGGAAAUGUUAAAGAAGCAUUUAAGACAGUUGAGAACAUCAUUGAAGGCAAAAUCCACAUUGGAGGGCAAGAACAUUUUUACCUGGAAACAGACAGUGUGUUUGUCAUUCCAAGAAAAGAGGAUAAUGAAAUGGAUAUAUAUGUGUCUACCCAGGAUACUUCAAAAGUACAGCAAUUAGUGGCUUCAGUGUUAGAUGUCCAGUCCAACAGGAUCAUGUGCCACACAAGACGAGUUGGUGGAGCUUUUGGGGGAAAGACUACAAAGCCUCCUUUUUUUUCAGCAGCCGCAGCAGUGGCUGCACGUAAAACUGGCUGUCCGGUCCGUUUUAUUCUGGAGCGAGAUGACGACAUGCUAAUACCUGGAGGGCGACAUCCUCUUUUGGGGAAAUACAAAGUGGGAUUCAUGAAUGAUGGCAAAAUCAAAGCUGUUGACCUUUUAUUCUACAUAAAUGGUGGGUGUACACCUGAUGAAUCAGAACUGGUGAUAGAUUACGUUGUGCUAAAAAGUUCUAAUGCAUAUGAUGUGCCCAACUUCCGAAGCUGUGGAUGGGCCUGCAAGACUAACUUGCCAUCAAACACUGCAUUUCGAGGAUUUGGAUUUCCACAGUCAGCCCUUUGUGCAGAAACGUGGGUGACAGCUGUAGCAGACCAGCUUGGCUUGCCACAUGACCAGGUCAGAGAGAUGAACAUGUACAAAAAAGUAAGCGAAACUCCCUUCAAAGAAGAGAUUGAUCCUAGAAAUCUUGUGGUGUGCUGGGAAAAAUGCCUGGAGAGGUCUGAUUACUACAAUAGGAGAAAAGAAGCAGAGGAAUUUAACAAGCAAAGCUACUGGAAGAAGAAAGGGAUUGCGAUCAUUCCCAUGAAGUUUUCAGUUGGAUUUAAUGCCACUCAUUAUCACCAGGCUGCAGCUCUGGUCCAUAUCUACCUUGAUGGGUCAGUGCUGGUAUCCCAUGGUGGAGUAGAAAUGGGUCAAGGAAUGUACACCAAGAUGUUACAGGUUGCUAGCCAUGAACUGAAGAUUCCAUUGUCUUACAUACACCCUUAUGAAAGAACUACAGUCACAAUACCUAAUGCAGUUGUUACUGCAGGAUCAGUUGGCUCUGAAGUCAAUGGGAAAGCAGUCCAGAAUGCCUGCCAAAUUCUCCGGAAGCGCCUAGAGCCAAUAAUUCAAAAAAAUCCUGAGGGCAAAUGGGAGGACUGGAUUAUGAAAGCUUACGAGGAAAGCAUCAAUCUCUCAGCUACGGGCUUCUUCAAAGGAUAUUUCGCCAAUAUGGACUGGGAGAAAGGAGAAGGCCAUGCAUUUCCGUACUUUGUUUUUGGUGCUGCUUGUUCUGAGGCUGAGAUUGACUGCCUGACAGGUGAUCAUAAGAACAUCCGAACAGACAUUGUCAUGGAUGCCUGUUUCAGCAUCAAUCCAGCUAUCGACAUAGGACAGAUUGAAGGUGGCUUUAUUCAGGGACUUGGACUUUAUACAAUGGAAGAAAUAAAAUUCUCCCCAGAAGGACAGCAGUACACGUUGGGUCCUGAUACAUAUAAAAUUCCUGCUGUCUGUGAUGUCCCAGAACAGUUUAGAGUCUACCUCCUGCCAAACUCAAGAAACCCAAUUGCACUUUACUCUUCCAAGGGUAUGGGGGAAGCUGGGGUAUUCUUGGCAUCCUCUGUGUUUUUUGCUAUAAGGGAUGCAGUGGCCGCUGCUCGGAAGGAAAGAGGAUUAUACGAUGUUUUCACACUGGACAGUCCACUAAACGUGGAAAAGAUUCGCAUGGCCUGUGCUGAUCACUUUACAGAGAUGAUUCCAAAGGACAAGCCUGGAACCUAUAAACCAUGGGCUAUUAACGUAGACUAAUGUUCUGGCUUUCCUCCAAAAGGUGUAAGGUUGUGAUUGCUUUUGUAUGUUGUUGUUGAUCUAUGAUUCCAAGCCUAAUCUGAUGAACAAUCACAGUCUAAUUACACACAAAAACACUGUUGGACAAAGAUAUUUUCAGCAGUACUACAAUUUUUUUAAAAAAAAUAUUUGUGCUAAGAAAAGAUAAAUCUUUCUGUGUUAUAUGGCUAUAUGCCUAGAAUAACUUGUGAAAUUCAGCAGAUGUACACUUGGACAUAGAAGGAGUACAAGGGAUAUGAAAAUAUAAUCCAAACUGUGAGAUUUAGCAAAUGUAUGUUUGUAUCUAUUGACUUAUAAAAUGCCAAAAACUGGUGGCUGACUACAGGACACAUACGUACAUUUCCACUAUCGAUUGAGCUGCAACAAUUGUCAUGGAAUUUUCUAACUGCUCAGAGUAAAUAAAUCAGAAAUAGAAUGCUGACAAAUAGUUGACCUUCUGCGGGGGAAAUAAAAGGUGAAAUUGGACGGAAUAAAAACAUAUAAUUCUUCCCAAGAAGAGAAGCCUGGUAACAUUAACUAGAAUAAGAGACAGGCACAGGGAUUCUUGGCAGACAGAAAUGAUUGGUACCAGAGAUUAGUUAAUGGGACCUGUGAGUCCCUUGAAGUCAACAGCAGCACCAUGUUUACUUUGUACCACAAAAUAUUUGGAGCAACAUGCAAGAUCAUUUGUGUUUCUUUGGAUAUUUUCGAAAGUCCAGAGCAAACUGAAGAUCCUACCCCUUUUCUUGAGAAGAGUUGUAGAGGGGCAAGAUUCUUGGGUUGGGCUUCUAGGAUCAGGCGAAUGUGGGCAUGGAGAGAAACCAAUUAGUAAAUGCUAGGGCAGAGAGGAAUGUGUUGAAGUAUUCAGUUGGUUCAUACAUUCUGUCCGUUGCCAGUUAAGACCAUCUCUUAGAUCUUGCCCUCGGACACUUAAAACAAUGGAGUCAACCUUGCCAGGAAAACCUCAACUUUUUCCUUGCUUAAGUAAGGUGCUUACUAAACAUUAUGGGCUCCUACUGGGAGGAAGGUUAGGAUAUAAAUCUAAUAAAAAAAAUGCUAACAAUUAACUCCUACAUGUCUACUGAGAAGUAAUUCUCAUUGAGUUCAAUGGGACUUACACGAACAUAUUUAAACAUUUACGCUCCAAUCCUGAUAGUAAAAUUAUUAUACUUAAAUAGCAAAUGGAUAAAGUGGGUCAUGCAACUACUAGGAAAAAGUGAAUGCAAUGACUAGAGAGAUUAAGGCUACAGUUCUAUACAUCCUUACACUGGAGUAAGUCCCAUUGAACAUAAUAGGAUGUACUGCUGCUUAGACAUGCAUAGGAUUAUGCUGCUUCAACACAUGGUCCUUGUCUCCCAGUAUUAUUUGGGGUUUCAUCUAUCCGUUAAGAACUGUGAUGGCCAGAUCCCCAUAUUCUCUGGGGCUACUUAAGAAAGACCUGUGUGCUCUGAGGGAAGACAGAAGUGAAGAAGCCCAGCCAGGGAGCUUGUGACAUUAGCUCCUGAAGUCACCGUUGCCUUACAGAAUAUUUCAUACCAUUUGUUUGUGUUAAUGUUUUAAACUGUACUGGAUGCCUUGGCCAAAAGGUGCUAUAUAAAUGCAAUCAAUCAAUCAAUCAGUCAAGAGUGGAAUGACUCCUACAUAUAAAUGAGCAUAGUGAUUGUUGGCUAUAAAUUCUGAGGGUGUGAUGGACUUGGAAAUUUACCUUUCUCCACCUUCAGGUAUGUAUUUUAUUGGGGGAUGUCUUUUUCUGGAAAUGGGAAAGAGCUGUCAACAGAAAGUGACAGGUACAAGCAAGGCAAGUGGAAAAGGGGAGUUUUAACUGUUACUUAACAACCUUGAUUUUUUUACAAUUAUGAGCAUGUGAUGAUUUCAAGGGAUUUAAAACAAAAGGAUUGCUAGCAAAACAAAAUGAGUUAACAUCUGUAUAUCCUUCAUAUAGACAAGCGUGUACUAUGUGGAACUGUAGUGGAGUGUUGUAUUUGUCACAUUGUAUUUCACCAAUAAAGACUGAAUAGGUUGGUAAUUAGUAAAGCCUUUUGUUAGAACCUUAGCCUUCUUCUCAAAUAUGGGUAUCAUAAUAUGGGGUGGUUAUAACUACCAGCUCUCAUUUCUCAGACGAAACAUCUCCCAUCCCUUAUUUUCACUGUGGACAUAACAUGUUAUCCAUUAAGAGAAUGUCACUAAAGUAUUGUCUAAGCCAUUCUCUCUUGGGGUCAGCCUUGCCAACUUGCAAUAUGAAAAUAACACUGGAUUACAGUACAGGGCAUAAAGAUAUAUUUUGCUGUAGAAACCGAAAACUGCCAUCAACAGAAAGAGACCAUGUGCAGCCAAGGUGGGUUGUGGGUUUGGGAGGGCAACUUUUACCUGCAAAGUAAAAGUAGCACUGGAUUACAUUGCAAGGUUGUUAUAAGCCAGCCUUGAACCUGAACAUACCAAGGGUUGGGCAUUGGAACCAUAAAAAUGGGCAAUUAACUGGUAAUGUAAUGGUCAAGUACUUUUAAAGCCUUAACUUUCAUAAUUUAUUGUCCUAGUGAUGCUCACCUUUGCUCUCAUGUUUUGAUAACAAAGAUGAUUGCAGGUUGAUGUAUAUUUACACUGAUAAAAACCUUGAAACUUU